AUGGACAGCUCCGGAUCCAAGUAUGACACGGUAGGUGGUGGUGGUGGUGCAGGGGAGUCUUCUGGCUCUGGUUUGGCAUCUUUAGGACAAGAGCGCCCUCAGACACGGCAGAGUCCAUCACCAUCUUCACACGCCUCUCAGCAGCCUCUUCCUCAGACUUUUCAGCAGCUUUGUAUGCAAGGGGGUUCCUCACGGACUUCCGACCAGACGCCUCAACGAGCCUUCCAGCCACCUCCUCAAGAAACUUGCCAGCAACCUGACAGAAGCACCAACGCGGUGCCAAGCACCCGUCCAGCAGCUACUGUCAACUCACAUAUAGCCGUAGAGCCUUCCACCGACUCAGCAUCGAGGAAACGAAGGCGGGAGUGGCCAACAGGAGCGGACGGUGCACAGACUGUGUCAUCAAGUCUUCCACCCGGUCCCUGCUCUUCUUCCUCAGCUCCAGCUAGUGGAUCUUCGGUAGGAGUUCUAACAAGACCAUCUGUGGGGCAACAUGUACAAACCAGACCCCCAACAGGUCCCUUUCUUCCUGCCCCAGGUGCAACCACUAGACCUCCAAUUACAAAUACUGAGACACAGCCACAUGCCGGGACUUUGCCAAAUGCGCUAGCUGGCCAACAAUCAGCUGCUGGAAGUUUGGCAGAUUCUUCGCAGAGGCCUUUAGGUAGACCACCUUCACAGGAGCGACCGCGGAAUAGCCCACCAGCCAGUGUGACUCACAUUCCAAAAACGGCCGCCCAAUCUUCAAGAGUCGUCUCUAGAUAUCCAAAACGCAAGAUCCGACUUGGUCUCGAGCUUGAGUUUUAUAUUGCUGCUCGUUGCGAAAAGCAUGAUUCCGACGACCGAAGAGCGUUUAUCAGAACCCUUGCAGAUAACUACAAUCGAGAAAUUGCUGGUCGACAUCGUUCAAUGCAGCGUCAUAUGCUGACAGAGUCUUUCAGCCAAGGCUAUAAUGGGAGAGAUCGUUACGGCAGAGAAUGGACUUUUGUUCAUGAGGAGGGCUUCUAUUUCCGGACGGGCAAAUUUUGGCAAUUGAAGAUGUUGUCACCGGUAUUUGAUAUUGUCCCCGGCUCAGACUGGCAACAGCAUGUGCAAGCGCUUUGGAACUAUCUUACCAAACACUACCAGAUCAAAUAUGCUAAGGAUUGUCGUACUGGUAUCUACGUUUCGCUUCAUCCUGAAUGUAAUCUACCAGAGCUGAAGCGGCUAAUAUCUAGUGUCUUUCACUUUGAGCCAGCCAUUGAGGCAUUGCUGCCUGAAAACCGCCUUGAUGCUUGGUGUGCCAAAAGCAAUUGGCUUUAUCACGAGUUGACGGCGCCGGAUGCGAUGAGUCGACAUGAUUUUCUGUUAGAUAUUCAAGAAGCAGGAAACAAAAGGAAUCUGGUGGACAAAGUGCAGGACAUAUCGCAUGGCCAUGCUUGUUGGUUUUGUUGGAAUUUCAGCGGCCUCCAGGGAAAUGACUUUCACCAACACGGUCGAAUGAUAAAUUUCCGCAAACCUCCCGCGGGGCCUUCAUUGCCCGCCUCGACUUUCAGAUGGGCUCAGUUUACAAUCACGUUUAUCUUAGCCGCCAUACAGUACGGAUCUCCAGAUAACCUGACUAGCCUGUCGCAUAACAUAGGAGAGUUGCGAUCUUUCAUGAGCCGUGCCGCAUUACCCGAUGGAGUAGGCGAAUUCCAUCUGAUGGACAUGUUGUGGAAGGGCAAAGAUCCCAAGGCAGCUCGAGAGCCCAGGAUGGAGAAAGCACACUUGGAUGACCCGCUUCUCAAGUGGGAGCUAGGGGUCAAUAUCAAGAGGCUGGUACAGGAAGAUGCGGUGGAGUGUCAAGCAACCAUCCCGCAAGAUUUUGGGAAUUAUCUCAGAGGCUUCGACCCGACUGCCUGA